AGGCAUUUUAGGUGUUAGUUCAACAUCCUUGUAUAGAGGGCCUGUGACCCCCAUGGCCAUGGCAGAGAUGGGGCUAGCUGGACAACUGCUCAUCUAGCCACUACUCUCCCAUUACAUCAUCUGCCUAUUCUUCCCUCCUACUCGAAAAUUUUGUAGGUUUCUUUACUGAUUAUAGAAAGCACUUUAUGAAAAUAUUAAUCUUUAUAAAGUAUUAAUUUUUUACUAGAGUAUAUAGACAGAAGGAAAGUUCCCGAAAUGUUUUUAAAAGAUAGUGUAAUCCAGGUAUCAGAUUAACAUAGAUUGCCAAAACAAAGAACUGAUUUCAUUUAGGAAUAUUCAUGAUAAAUUCAUAAGUAAAGUCAAUAUCUAAUCCAACAGUACAUUACUGAGAACAGUAGUUACUGUUGGUGCUUAUUAUUUGCCAGGUACCAUGCACAUUAUCCUGUUUAAUCCUCACUGUAGCCCUAUGAGGCAGAUACACUAUUACUGCUCCCAUUCUAUACAUGAGGCAAUUAAGGCAUAGGGACCUUAGGUCACUUGUCCUAGGUUGUACAGCUAAUAAAUAGCAGAGCCAACUUAGACUCCAGUAGUCUGACUUCCCAAUCUGUACUUUUAAUUACUGUUUUAUACUUCCACGUCCUACUUUAUGGGCUGUGUAUAGGAGAAUAAUUCACUAUGACAAUUGAGGGUUUAUUAUAUUUAGUAUUAAUACACCAAAAGAGAAAAAAACAUGUCAGUGGCUCUUUGGAUGUAAAAAGCAGUUGAUAAAAUCCAAAAAUUGAUUCCUGAUUUGUUCUUUAGAUUUAGUUUUUAUCAUGAAAAGGAAAUGUUUUUCCUUCAUUUUUUUCCCCUUCUAUUUUACUGUCUCUCAAACAGCCAGCAUCAACGCAGUGGGGAAAUAAUAGGAAUAAAACAAGGAUCAAGUGGUUACCGUUGGUUCUGCACAUAGCAGUGCAGAAGAGGAAAGUGGAUGGGGGCACACCCUUGCUUCUCUUCCAAGUCUUUAAAGUUUGGUAUGGCAAAAAUACCAUAAAGAGUUAAAAGGCAAGCAAACUGAUGUUCCUCAGGAUAUUUUCUGACUCCUCUGUUUUGGCUCUGGGCCUGUGGCAGGACACCUAUCCUCUGUGUUUAGAAUUUAGUUAAUUAUUGUCCAAUGCAGUGUAGAGUGCAUUUUACUCAACUCAUUUCCAAUAAUUUAACAAGCUACUUAUGUUUAAGUGAUGAAUUCUGAACAUGCCUGCAUGUCCAUGCUUCCAUCAAAGGACCAAGCAUUAGCGUGCCUACAUGCGCCAGACAUUUAAGGUUAUGAUUUCAAAGGAUUGAUGGCACCAUCUUUGCCUCGGAAAAGCUGUAAUAUCUAAUGGAAGAGCCAUAUACUUUGCUGGUGACAGUUCAAGAAGUUGCCACUGCCAGACAUGUGGCCUUCGUACUUGCACUGCAUUAUACCACCAGCUUUCAUGGUUCUCCAGUUUGCAGAUGGCAGAUCCUGGGACUUCUCAGCCUCUAUAACCAUGUAACGGAGGAAGCAGCAAUGUUUCACUUCUUCAGAAAGCCUCCGGAAUCUAAAAAGCCCUUGGUACCAGAGAGAGAAGCAGAUGGAUUUGUCCUUUUAGGAGAUACACCUCAUGAGCAAAGAGUGGCAGCAAGAGGCAAAACUUCAGACAUCGAAGGCAAUGAGACUUUGGAGAUUGGCAAAGAAAACUCAUCCAGUGUGACUGUAGCAGGGCCCGAGAUGGAAAAUAAGGCAGGCCAGACUCUGGAAAACAGCUCAUUAAUGGCCGAGCUUCUGAGCGACGUACCCUUCACCUUGGCCCCGCAUGUGCUGGCCGUGCAGGGCACCAUCAGUGACCUUCCCGACCACUUACUCUCCUAUGAUGUCAGCGAAAACUUAUCAAGGUUUUGUCUGUUCCACCUUGAUGGAGUCCUGAGUUCCUGCCUUUGGUUUUUGCUACUUCACGGUUUGCUCUCUCACCAGCUUUCCAAAGAACGUUCCCUGCUUCUGCCUCAGUUGGCAUUUGUUCUCCUUACCACCUCUGUUCCUGGUUUAUGAAGAGAUCCAUAUUUCCUUUCAACCUCUCUGCCUCCCAAAGAAAAGCAUCUCAUAAUGAUAUGUAUUAUUGCUGAUAAAGCCCUUAUUUAGAAAUUCGUUGGCCAAAAUACAGAUGGAAAUGUUUUACUGCUACAAAAACUGCAACUGACUCAUUUCCAGUUAGAGUGUAGGCAAAACACCUAAACAGGACUUUUAGUUCGUGAAUAUCUGUUAUUUAUUCCAGAAAACUGCCAUUGGUCCAUAAACUGUAAAGGGAAGAGGUAAAUUGUGAUAGAGCAUUUUCUAUGCCAUGGAAAAUUUAAAUCACAUUUGUUCUGAUUAGUGGCAAUACAGUUUACUGAUUCUGUGCCAAAUCUUAACUAUAUGUUUCACAAAGGUAGAGUGCCAUAGCAAAACUAAGUACUGUGCAUAAAGGUACGU